AUGUCUCAUGAACCUUAUCGAGCCGAUGAGGAGGACGGCGAAACCAGAACCCAGCCGAACCACUCGGAAGACGAAAAUGGGUCACAACCGUCAUGUACUACACGAAAUUUAAAUAACAAUCCAGAAAAUAAAUCUUUUACCGUCACACUCAAAGGCCUGCCUCAAAUCCCAACGCAAGAAAUAAUAGAUGAAAUGGCAGAACAUGGCAUUGUAAUAAACUCUUGCAGCCAAAUUAAUGAUGACAGUAAGUAUAUUGGAACAAAUUUAUCAACAGAAAAACAAUUUUACAAUGCUACAGAUGCCAGGCCUUUAGGCAUACAUCAUCAAGCUGCUUUAGAAAACCCCGGUGUGUCAAAUGCGCUGCGAACCAUCUCACUAAUGAGUGUGAGAAAAGCCCGGAUUUGCCAGCCAAGUGCUGUAAUUGCUCCGGUGAUCAUCCGAUUUCAAACAAUUAUUUACGGACUCAAACAGAUUACACAAACUUUUCUCCUUCAAAAGAUUUUAACGUUAAAACUAAAACUUCCUCAGAUCGUUUACCGUGGACUGACUAUACCGGAAGUGAUCGCUCUGCUGCCUCGCGAGGGCAGCUCGCCGAGCGUGGAAGCUGUGUUUUGGUUGCUCUUAACCGGUGACGUCCCGACGCAGCAGCAAACUGCUUCAUUGAUCGCCGAUUGGACGUCACGACGUAAAAAAUGUACAGAAUGGUGGUCGGGACAACGGGGCGAAACAAUAGCUUCCGUUCUGCGUUCGAUGCCCGAAACAAUUACACCCUUGCAUAAAUUGUCGGUCGCGCUCACAAUUUUCGGCAUCAGCAAGCAGGCGAGAGAGGCCAAAAGGCACGGUGCUAUGCCCUACACUUAUUGGGAGUAUACCUAUGAAGAUGGUAUGGAAUUUCUUGCAACCUUACCAGCGAUUAUCGGUCUAAUUGCCAAAGGCCGAACGUUGAGAAACGUGAGCGGUGACGGCGAUUGGGUGCAAUUUUUGUUAAAUUGCUUGAACAACACGAACGAGAGCUGCAACGGUCAAAGAUCAUCGAUCGCCGAUUUUCUCAGGCUAUACAUCACUUUAAACGCCGACGACGAUGGCGGGGCACCAAUCGCUCAUAUUACGCAAAUUUUGGGUUCAACUGAUCUCCAUAUAAAUGAGGUAUUAGCGAGCGUCGUUUUGGCGCACGUCGACGAGCCUAAAAGUGGAACAAUGUUGGAGUGGAAAGAAUUGCAAGCAAAAAUCAAGAAUACGCUCGGCCGAACGUGGACGGAACAGGCCUUGAAGGCUUGCGUGCUGAAUUUAUGGAGCAGAGACAAAUUGAUAGGGCACAAGGAGGCCGACUUCUGCGAUCCGCGAUACACCGCACUCCUGAAUUACGCCAAGCAACAUUUGCCCAAUAAUACGGAAAUAAAGCUCUCGCAAGACAUCACGCGGUUAAUAAGGUCGACAAUGAGAAGGCCAAAAAGAAAGGACAUUUACCCGGAGCAGAAUGCUCUGGCUCCUGUUAUUUUUCAGUAUUACGGAUUGGAAGACAUGAGAUUCAAUCAGACGAUACUUUACAUGGCGCGGGCCCUGGGGACGAUCGCCUCGAUUAUCUGGACCAGAGUCGUGAACGCGCCUGUCGAGCAUCCGAUUUCGAGUUGCACUCACAGCUACAUGGAAACGAUCCGCGACGACGGUAUAAGGAAACGGAAACGCAGGACACGAAAGUAAAAAUAAGAGCGAAACGCGUACAAAGUAUACUGCUGCUGGCUGCUGCUCCGCGCCGCGCGAGAACACAUUUUCGAGACACCUGUCGACAUCUGCACGUCGAUCUUGGUGACUCCUGACGGUGCAACUUGGCGCGCGUCGAUGGUAAG